ACAUCAUUCAUUCUAUUAUUCAUUCUUGAUUUCAAUAAAAUGGCCGGCGUAACUAAGAUUUUGGUAGCAGUAGCUAUUGCUUUGAUAUCCAAGGUUCAAGCUAGUCCGUGUGGAUGUAGUUUACCAUUGUUGCCAGCUGCUCCUGCUCCAUUCCUCUUCCCUUUCCCAUCGCCAUGCGCUGCUCCGUUACCUCUUCCAUUGCCACUUCCACUUCCAGCUUCAUGCGCACCAGCUGGUCUUAGUCCGUCACUUUUAAGCCUAUUGCCACUUCUGGCCCCACCUUCAGCACCACUCCCGUUGCCGCUUCCGGCUCCAUUACCACUUCCACUUCCGGCACCAUGCUCCCCAGCUGGUCUUAGCCCAGCCCUACUCAGUCUUCUGCUUCCAGCUUUGCUGUCAUCCGUCGCCGCCCCAGCUCCGUGCGCUGCUCCAGCCUUACCAAUUCCUGCCCCACUGCCGACACUCAUUCCCGUGCCACUCACCCCAUUGCCACUUCCCGCACCGGCUCCAGUCGCCCCAGUCGCCCCAGCCGCCCCAGCCCUUAGCCCAUCGCUGUUGAAACUUUUGUUGCCGCUUUUACUGUCUGCAUCUGCUCCAGCCCCAUGCGCUGCUCCAUUACCUCUUCCAUUGCCACUUCCACUUCCUGCACCGUGCGCUCCAGCUGGUCUGAGCCCAGGUCUUUUAAGCCUGUUGCCACUUUUAGCUGCACCCCCAGCACCAUGCGCUGCUCCAUUGCCACUCCCUCUUCCGUGCGGUUGCUAGUUAAUGCGUUAUAAUUGUCAUAAAAACGAAAAAUGCAUUGUUAAAAUUUUUUUUAAAAAAUGUUGGUUAAUAUUCA